CGCCUUUGUGUCCCAAUUGUUCACAGUCCAUGAGCGAAUAUCAAAAGUUGCGUGUGACUGAGAAUUAUUGUAUAAUUGCAAUUUUACCCAGCGCCUCUGUGGAGACAACAAGCCGACAACCAAAUCGCGUCUACAGGCCAAUUCUAAUACGUUUACGGGCACAUACCCAUGAUUGUGAACUGAAGUUGGGCGCCAGCUAUCAAGUCACCGGUUAUUACAAUAGCACUUCGAUCAACUAUCAAUUUGAAUCAUGUCACCUGAAAAGAACUUAAGGCAGGAACCGAUCGAAGUGGUUGGUGAGCUCACAAGCAGCUUUUCCAGUCUUUCAAAUAUCAGUCCUUCAGUUAGCAGUUCCAGCAAAGGCGGCGUCACAUCAUCCGUUGCCUCAACAACACCACCAAUUGUCUCAGGCAGCAAGAAUUUACUGUGCCAACCAAAACUCAAUAGAGUGAGUCGCCUUUCCAACCAGCAGAGAAUUAACAAUUGGCUGGCAUUUAUAGAUCUGGACGCAGAGCAGCCUCCAAAAUUGGUCAGCCAGCGUCUCAGCUGUCAAAAUCUAACGCCCAUCGAGUGUGUGAACAAGCAAAAGGUUCUUACCGAAUGGCUGCAAUCCGUGGAGCAACCAGCUGCAGCUGAGCUUCAGGAGCUGCCAUCAUCGCCGCAAGCAACCAGCGCUCCAACCAAGGCUACUGUGGAUUUCGUGCCGCCAGCAGAUGUCGCCAUACCUUUGACUGCUAUUCCCAUCAUGCGAACGCUGUCCAAUUCCAAUGCCAAUAUUCCCAGGCUCGACCUCAAUCGCAGUGAUUCGUCUGAGAAAAGGCAAGUUGCUGCUCCGAUUUCUGCUGCUGAGAAGCGUUUACAAGAGCGACGUUUGCAUCGCGAACAAAUGUCGAGUAAAGCGAGUUCAUUGCCAUCAGAGAUCAACCCGAAUGUUUUUGAUGAUGAUGAUGAUGACUCGUUUUUCCAAGAGCUACUCGGAGCCAUGGCCAAGAACAAUUCGCAAGCGCCGUCAUCGUUGCCACUGGACAAGGAAAUGUCAGUUGAUUCGCAAGUCGAACUCGAACGUGAUGAUGACCAGUUGCCAUCCAGUCGUAAGUCAUUCGAUUUGGAUGCAUCUCAGCCAAACGCAGGGAACAGUUUGAAGGGUAGCGAAGCCGAUAUCAAUUUGGAGUCGUCUGCAGAUAGUUUGACAGGCAGCAAACUCAAUUUUAGUAGAGUCGACUUGCGUGCCAGUUGUCUAUCAUUCAAUUUGGCAGCAUCGCUUGCAAAGUCAACGCCCAGUUUGAAAACCAACAAAUCUUGGGUCUCAAUGGACCGUCGUAAACGACAGCGUUUAAAUAGCAGUCAACAGUCGAAUGCAAUGCUGGAGAUGUUGUCGCUGCCUUCGCAGGAGUUGCCAUCGCAGUCGGUGCUCAGCUUUCCACCAAGCAGCAGCGAAUCUGUUUUUCGCGUACCCGAUGUGCCGCACAAAAGAUUGUCCUCCACUCGAAACUCGCCGCUUUCUGCUGACGACGACGAAGAAAUGUCCUCCAGUUCAUUGUGGAACUGUGCGUCAAGUCAAGCAAGCGACUUUACGCUACAAUUCAAUGCUAGUUCCUCAACAGCGCGUCGAAUUGGCCCGGCAACAAUAGCGUCAUCAUGUCAGCAAAGUCCGCCGCUAUUGGACAUGGACGUGGAGCCAUCGGAGCAAAGUCAAGAGUCUCUGUUUCAGCUGGAGAAACGCAACGAUGCCAACUGGCUGCCAGAUCCACGAUCUCACCCAUUCGAUCCACUGCCACGUGAUAGAAUGUUUGUUAAGGACAAUGCGCAGCGUUGCAAUGUUGACGUCGAUUUGAAGUUUAUGCCGCCCAGCGUACAAAAGCUAUACACUCUGAUCUGUGGCAAAUUCUCGGAUUAUGCAUUCGUCUAUGCGCUGAGCUCACAACUCAGUCAAGACUGUGUGCCCAUGGAGUGUUAUGUGUACCUGAAGAUGGCAUUGCUGAUCAGUCUGGUUAGCAUUGAGCUGGACGAACUGCGUCCGCCCAUUUCGUUAUGUGUAAUUUGUAACGACAGCUGUGCGACGAAUCGUCUGCUCAACAGCAUUGGCCAAUUGGCGCCGCGUUUCAUUGGUCCCCACGAAGGUGGACAGCAGCCCACGUUCAACGCUUUGCCCGCCCGCUACAAUUGGGUGCAGGCCAGUCCAUUGAUGAUGGCGCAGCAGGGUGUCUACUAUGCCGGCGACUGGAAUCGCUUGACACGCGAUCAAACCGAAGAGCUGGAGAAGGCCAUCGAGAACAAUACUUUGCCAGUGCCGCAGCUGCAGAGCGAAUUGCCAUUGGAAGCAGCUAUUUGGACAUAUUGGCAGCCAGAAAAUGCCGUCAAUCAGACAACGGCCUUUGCCAAGCUUUGUCCCAUCUUUGGUCUGCCCAUUUAUGUGGAUGAGCCCACCAAUUCGUCCAUGUGGAAUUUUGUGCUGCACGCGCACACGCGCGAUGCCCAAAAGAAACCCGAAGGCAUCAACAUCUGCAUUGAGGAUAUGCGCACGCUUCUCGAAUUGAUACAACAGCGUCAAGUGGUUUUCACCGAACCAGCGGAGCAGCUACUGAAGCGCUACUUUGUCAUCUCUCGCAUUCGACAGUCCACCGCAUUCAGCAGCAAGACGUACGUGGUGCUUAAACAAUUCGCCGAGUCUCUGGCCAAGCUGGCCAUGCGCUUGGAUGUCAUCGAAUCGGAUGUUAUCGUUGCCAUAUUCCAUUGUGAGCAUUUUGUGCGCAGCAUCUUUGGUGCCGGCGAAUGUCCACCUCCGGCUGUGGCCAGUUUCAAUGUCAUCUCUCGCGUGGAUGCUUACAUGAAUGUUUUCUCCCGCUGGUUGUUCCAGUACAUCGAACAUUUCGAGCAAAAACUUAAUCAGUAACUUGCCUAAAACUAUUUUGUAUUGAUAUUUUUUGUAAUACAUAUCUAAAACCUAAUCUUUAUGCACAAUAUUUGUUAUGAAAAUAACUCUUUGUUUUGUUCUAAACAAAUUUAAACUAUGCUUAAUAUAAAUCCUUGUUUAUUUCAGCUAUGAUUUUCUUAUU